AAUAUAUGUGUACUCUACACUUUUGAUGAUUUUUAAAAGAUUUUUAUUUUGUGUCGACGAAAGAAGAUCAUAACAGAGUUCAGCGAGAAUGAAGCUACGCUUAAGACUUCACGAGACGAGAGAAACCCUAAACCUUGAAUUGGCUGAUACAGACACUCUCCAUGAUCUCCGGCAACUGAUCAAUCCAACGGCGCCAUCCUCCGUUCAUCUAUCACUUAAUCGUAAAGAAGAGCUCCUCGUGCCUUCGCCGGAGGAUACGCUCCGAUCUCUUGGUGUAACAUCCGGUGACCUAAUUUACUACUCUCUCGAUCACUCUUCUUUUGCUGCAUCAAUUAAUAGCGGCAAAUCUUCGAACUGGAAAUUGGGAGAUUGUGAAACCCUAGGUUCACAAUCUGAGAGGAACAAGGCGGUUGUUCACGAUUCCAUGGAGGGUCCAGUGCCAAUGGAUGUUGUGGAGCUCGCUGCCGCUAAAAGCAAAAGGUUAAGCAUACCAUUCUUCUUGAAAAAUGUAUUGCUUGAGAAAUGUGGUGAUACCAGUGACUUAACUGCUUUGGCUUUGUCAGUACAUGCCGUUAUGUUAGAAUCUGGAUUCGUGCUGUUGGAUCAUGGCUCUGAUAAGUUUAGCUUUUCAAAGGAGUUACUCUCUGUAUCUUUAAGGUAUACUCUGCCUGAGCUGAUUACCCGUAAGGAUACCAAUACAAUCGAGUCCGUUACUGUGCGGUUUCAGAACCUAGGCCCUAGACUUGUAGUUUACGGAACUUUAGGUGGGCAUGGUGGGCGAGUGCACAUGACUUAUCUUGAUAAGCGUAGGUUUUUGCCCGUUAUUGAUUCGGUUGUGGAUACUUUGAAGUUUGAAAAACAAGGCUCUUCAAGCUACUACCGCGAAGUGUUCAUGUUGUGGAGAAUGGUAAAAGAUGAUCUUGUUAUCCCGUUGUGGAUUGGUCUUUGUGAUAAGGCUGGCUUGGAAUCUCCACCUUGUCUGAUGCUCCUACCGACAGAGCUAAAGCUGAAGAUACUAGAGUCGCUUUCUGGUGUGAGUAUUGGAAAUAUGGCUUGUGUUUGUACAGAAAUGAGGUAUCUCGCAUCAGACAAUGAUUUGUGGAAACAGAAAUGCUUGGAAGAAGGUAAGGAUUGUCUUUGGAAAUUUUUAACAGCAAAAGUUGAUUGGAAGCGUAAAUUUGCUUCUUUUUGGAGAGAAAAACGACUCAGUCUCCUAGCAAGACGAAACCCUCCCAUAAAAAAGAGCAACACUCGAUUUCCUCCGAUAAUUCGUGACCGUGGAGACCCUCGAUACCCUUUUGACCGUCUUGGCCCAAGAGACCCUUUCGACCGUUUCAGCCCAAGAGACCAUUUCUACCGUUUCGGUCCAAGAGACCCUAGAGGCCCUAUUGGCCCUUUCCGUAUUCACCCGGGACAAGCCUUGGCGGACGAGAGUAUGGGGACAGAGCUUUACUCCCAGAUGCGAUCUUGGAAUUACGCGACUCGCAGACAUGCGGAGUGAUCAAAUGGAACCGGUGACGGUAGGAGAAGUCAUUUAUAUAAAUGGUUUUUGAUUCCUACAAAUAAAAUCACUUGGAUACU